AUGGAGCACAUCGAAGAUUCGCAGUACGACGGGAUCGACCCCAAUGCUUCUCCUUUCGAGAGUGUUGCCAGCAACACGACGCCAGAUACCGAGUUCUCUCCUCCCGGAAGCCCAUUUCCGAAAACAGCUCUUCCUAAAGACUGUCGAUCACUAGCAAGGCAGAAAUUAGCCCAAUUGACCCUUGAGGAAAAGGUGUCGCUACUUACUGCAGCAGAUUUCUGGAGAACAAAAUCCAUACCUUCGAAAGGUAUUCCAGCCAUCAAAACAAGCGAUGGCCCCAAUGGCGCUCGCGGCGGCAUCUUCGUUGGGGGUACCAAGGCAGCGUUAUUCCCAUGCGGUAUAUCGCUGGCAGCUACGUGGAACAAAGAUCUGCUAUAUACAGUUGGUCAACACUUAGCCGAGGAGACGAAGGCUAGAUCAGCCAACGUCCUUCUCGCGCCGACAGUCUGCAUGCACCGGCAUCCUCUUGGUGGCCGGAAUUUCGAGUCCUUUUCGGAGGAUCCGCUCCUUACUGGAAAGCUCGCCUCGAAGUAUAUCCAAGGGCUCCAGUCAAAAGGAGUUGCUGCGACUAUCAAGCACUUCGUAGCAAAUGAGCAGGAAACCCAUCGGCUCACUAUCGACUCGGUCACGAUGGAGCGACCCCUGAGAGAGCUAUACCUCCGACCAUUCGAGAUAGCUAUACGAGAAGCAAACCCUUGGGCUGUUAUGUCAUCGUACAAUUUAGUCAACGGAACUCACGCUGAUAUGAACACCCAUACUCUCAAAGAUAUCCUUCGAGGAGAAUGGGGCUAUGACGGCACCGUCAUGUCAGACUGGGGCGGUGUCAAUUCGACCGUCGAGUCAAUAAAGGCUGGGUGCGACAUAGAGUUCCCCUUCUCGACUAAAUGGCGCUUUGAGAAGGUUCUGGAAGCUAUCGGCGAAGGCCGACUCACCACGGACGAUAUCGAUAUCGCAGCAGAGAAUGUCUUAACCCUGGUAGAACGUACCAAGGGAGACGAUAUGUCUGUCGAGGAAGCCGAACGCGAAGACAAUCGGGAGGAGACUAGAACACUGAUUCGCGAGCUGGGAGCCGAAGGGUUGACUUUGUUAAAAAACGAAGGACAAAUCCUACCGCUCAAUCCUAGAACUACCAAAGUCGCCGUCAUCGGUCCAAACGCCAAUCGGGCCAUCGCCGGUGGAGGUGGUAGCGCUAGUCUUAACCCAUACUACAAUACGCUCCCUCUCGAUAGCAUUAAAGCGACUUCGCAACAAGAAGUUAUAUAUGCUGAAGGAUGUCAUAUCCACAAAUGGCUACCGGUCGCAUCGCCAUUUUGCACCGCCAAAUCAGGCGAGCCUGGCGUUACCCUCGAAUGGUUCAGUGGCGAUAAAUUUCAGGGCGAUGUCAUCGUCACACAACGAAGGACGAACACCGAUCUCUUCUUAUGGGACUCUGCGCCGCUCGCCCAACUCGGCCCCGAAUGGUCGGCGAUCGCAACAACCUAUAUUACACCGACGGCUACCGGAAAGCACAUAAUCAGCUUUAUGAGCGUCGGUCCGGGGAGGUUGUUUGUAGAUGGGAAUCUAGCUCUCGACCUUUGGGAUUGGACUGAGGAGGGCGAGGCAAUGUUCGACGGCUCGAUUGACUACAUGGUCGACAUCGAAAUGCAAGCCGGUAGACCGGUGGAAUUACGAAUAGAGAUGACCAAUGAGCUCCGACCUAUUGCUAAGCAGAAGGUCUUUAACAUGACACACAAAUACGGUGGCUGCCGUAUUGGCUUCAAGGAGGAAGACCAAGUUGACUAUCUCCAACAAGCCGUGGACGCGGCGAAAAGGGCUGACGUGGCCGUUGUCAUUGUUGGUCUCGACGCCGAGUGGGAGUCCGAGGGGUACGAUAGGAAAACAAUGGAUCUUCCUUCUGAUGGAAGUCAAGAUCGAUUGAUCGAAGCCGUCGUAAAGGCCAAUCCGCGAACGGUUGUAGUCAAUCAAUCCGGCUCGCCGGUAGCUAUGCCUUGGGCGGAUGAAGUGCCGACCAUCAUUCAAGCCUGGUAUCAAGGUCAGGAAGCCGGCAACGCCUUGGCUGACGUUUUAUUUGGUCUCCGAAAUCCCAGUGGCAAACUUCCAACUACUUUCCCUCGGAGGUUAGAGGAUACCCCCGCAUAUCACAACUGGCCCGGCGAGAACCUCCGUGUUCUGUACGGCGAAGGUCUAUAUAUCGGAUAUAGACACUAUGAUCGCUCGAAUAUCGCACCUUUGUUCUCGUUCGGUCAUGGUCUCUCGUAUACUACAUUUGAGUAUGGGCGACCGUCACUUAGUCGGAAGACGCUGACGGACUCAACGCCAAUUCACCUAAUUAUGGCAGUCACUAACACUGGUGGCGUCGCCGGCUCGGAGACAGUGCAGAUAUACGUCAGAGAUGACAAAUCAAACCUGCCUCGUCCCGAGAAAGAAUUGGUAGCAUUCGAGAAGGUAUCGUUAGAACCAGGAGAGACCAAACAUAUCAUCGUGCCGCUAGACAAGUACGCGGUAGGAUACUACGAUCCAUCACUCCCAGCAUGGACGGCAGAAGAGGGCACAUUUAAAGUAUUGAUAGGGGCGUCGGCGACUGAUAUUAGGCAUUCGGUUCCGUUUGACGUCAAAGAGUCAUUCACUUGGACUUUUUAA